AUGGGGAAACAGGACCUUGACCUUAUUGACUACUUUGGAGCUCUCGCCGUUUGGGUGAUCUUCUUCGCCAUCAUGUUCGUCGUCUCAGUUACUUGCAUCAACUGGUGCUGUAUUCAAAAGCACGACGAUAUUACAGUACUCGAAGAGUGGGGCUACAACCACCACGUCCAUAUGCGUAUGGGUCCGCAUCGUCCGUCCAUGGUUGCUCGGAAUAUACGACAUUCAAAGGUGGAAACCGACAGCCAGUGA